AUGAGUGCGUUCAGCGACCGGCAGUUCUCGACGAAGUCGACUGCAUAUGGGUCACCCGUUACCGGGAGUUCCCAGAUGAAACUGGACGUUUUUCUGAUCAAAGGCUAUCAGCUGGUGUCGCAUAGUGGUACGCAGGAUGUGCCAACGAGCGUCAGCGUGGUUCUAAGAACGGCGAUGGAUGAGACCAUCUCUGAAAAGGAGCAACAGCGGUUCCAGAAGCUCUCUCAGCUGUACAACGCAAUCAUCCAGAAUGCACUGCUGCUAGACAGCAGCAGCUCUCCGAAGUCUGCCAUCGAGCUGUACCAGCGCUUCCAGCAGAUUUUGAAGGAACUCGAGCUGAGCGGCGACGCCAGUCCGUACGCGAAGUAUUUUUGCAAGUUGGAAGACGACGCCGGCGCCACUUGGCACAUCCGCGACGAUCAAGAAAUGCAAGGUGACUCUGUGUGGCACUCAGUUUCCGAGAAUAUCAAGAAGAUAUAUGACUCGGACCGCGGCCUCAUCCUGCCCAUUUUAAACAAGCGUCGCAGCGCGGUAAACUCUACCCGCAACUCGCCGCCCCCAUAUAAAGAGGACCCGCUCUCGUACCAGCAGUUGAGGCGUAAGCUGAGCAAACUUCAGGGCCACUACGACUACGGCGGUCCCGGCGACAGCACGCGCACUGUCACUGCACAUGCUCCGGACGAGCGCGACAGUAAAAACGUCAAUGGGAACGGCGCUAUCGAUUUUUUCAACGGCGGGCAUUCGCGCUCCAGGAACAACGACAACGACGCACUGCUCCGGGGAUACUACACAAUGCCCACGUCCCCUACAUCGCUUUGGAGCAGCGGCAUCAACCUCAGCCUGCAAAGCAGGCGCGAGUUCAGCAGCCAGGCCGACAAUGACCCUGUGGAAGAGCUCUUGCAGAUGGCAACUGGCACUGCCAGCAACAAUGCAGCCGCUGUGGCGGCGGCGGAUCGUGGCGCCGCAGUAGCAAACGCGAACGGCUCCGAAACCCCCUUGCAAAAAAAUAGCACGGCUACCGCAGACUCCACAGCGGUAGCCUCGGGCCUGACGCUGAUGGACGAUGUGCAGGCGAUCCCCACGUCGCUGACGCUGAAGGAAACGGAAUUGUACGAUAGACUGCUCAAGGAAAAAGAUGAGCGCAUUAUAGAACUAGAAAGACAGCUCGUAUGCGAGAGGAACGAAUGUCAAUGGCUGCGUAAGCUAUUGCUGGAAGACGUCGGCUGCAUACGCAACAUGCUAACUGGCAUGAAGGAUCGAUAG